AUGACUUUUAAGAAAAUUAACUUGCGAUAUUUAUCGCAUGGCUCAAGAAUUUAGUCUAUAAAUACCCUCCCUGCAGUCCCUUGCAUCAUCAUCCAAGAAUUUGAGUCUACAAAAAUCAAAAGUUUCAAAACAUGGGGUCAUCCUUGUGUGUGGUUUCAGUACUAGUACUAGUACUAGUUGUGUUAUCGUUUCAUUUUGUGGUUGCAAACUCAUCACGCUCUUUGCAGCAGCCAUCUUGCCAUGAUGAAGAGAGCUCUGCCUUGCUCCAGUUCAAGCAAAGAAUUGUCAUCGACCCAUAUGCUUCAUUUUACCAUGGUGCUUAUCCGAAGAUUUCAACAUGGAAACCACCUCUUGAAGGAGAAAACAAGACAUGUUGCUCAUGGGAUGGGGUCGAGUGUGAUGAGAAGACGGGUCAUGUAAUUGGGCUUGAUCUCAGUGGUAGUUUUCUCUACGGCUCUAUCAACUCCAACAACACCCUCUUCUGUCUUGUUCAUCUUGAGAGGCUCAACCUUGCUGACAAUGAUUUCAAUUCCUCUCAAAUUCCUCCUACCAUUAGGAACUUUCCAAGGCUCAGGUAUCUCAAUCUCUCUAUGUCGGGCUUUUCUGGUCAUGUCCCAUAUGAAGUUUCACAAUUGUCUAAGUUGAUAUCUCUAGAUUUAUCUCAAAAUGAUAAUAUGUUUUUAGAUGAAAGAUUCUUGAGAAGUCUAACUCAAAACUUAACUGGCCUAGAAAAACUUGAUCUUUCUUACAUGAAUAUAUCAGUGCCCGACACCUUGGCCAAUUUGUCACAUUUGACAUCCCUCUCCCUUAAUACUUGCGGCAUGUUCGGCAAAAUACCAUUUUCUCUUGGUAAUCUUAGACAUCUCAUCUAUUUGGACCUUGGAAGUAAUAUAUUUACUGGUCAAAUCCCUGCUUCCUUGGGAAACCUUACCCAACUAACAGAACUUUGGCUUUCUUUAAAUCAAUUAUCUGGCCACAUCCCUGCUUCCUUGGGAAACCUUACCCAACUAACAGAACUUGGGCUUUAUUCAAAUCAAUUAUCUGGCCCCAUCCCUGCUUCCUUGGGAAACCUUAUCCGACUAACAGAACUUUGGCUUUCUUUUAAUCAAUUAUCUGGCCCCAUCCCUGCUUCCUUGGGAAACCUUACCCGACUAACAGAACUUUGGCUUUAUAGUAAUAAUUUUAAUGGUUCAAUUCCUCAGUCCUUGUUCAAUCUCAUUAAUCUCCAGUCCCUUUAUCUAGAUUAUAAUCAUUUGAGCGGUACAGUAGAGUUCCAUAAGUUUGUUAAGCUACAAAAACUCACCUCUCUAGAUCUAUCAAGUAAUCAUCUGGAAGUGCUCACGGAAUCCAAAUCUUUGAAUAAUGCAACUAUUGCACUUCCGAAGUUCGAGUAUCUAAGAUUGAGUUGGUGCAACCUAAGAGAGUUCCCAAGUUUCCUGAGAUCUCAAAUGACAUUGAUCGAGUUGGAUCUUUCUGGAAACAAAUUGCAAGGCCAAGUGCCAAUUUGGAUAUGGAACACAAGCACACAAACUCUACGGGCGUUGAACAUUUCUCAUAACUUUCUGUCAGGCUUUGUGCAAUCUCCAGCUGUUCUUCCAUGGGCUAACCUAGAAAUGUUAGACCUUUCAUUCAACAUGUUUUCUGAAUUAUUAUUGUUAACUUCAGUUGCAUCCAUCAUAUACUAUAACAUUGCAAGCAACAAAUUAACGGGACAAGUUUCACCAAUGAUUUGCAAUAUGACUUCUCUUAAAUACCUUGAUUUGUCAAACAACAAGUUGGUUGGCGAUCUCCCGCAAUGUGGGGGGAACUUUAGUGUUCAACUGGAAUAUCUCAAACUUGAAAACAACUCAUUUCAUGGAAUUUUUCCUCAAUCAUACACCAGUGGAAGCAAUUUAAGGAUGAUGGAUAUUAGUUACAACAAUUUCUAUGGGCAACUACCGAGGUCGCUAGCGAAUUGUGCAAGUCUUGAAAUUUUAGUCGUUUCACACAAUAAAUUUAAUGAUACAUUCCCCGUUUGGUUAGGGGCUGUCCCUGAGUUGAAAAUUUUGACAAUGGACCACAAUAUGUUCUAUGGAGUGAUUGUGAAACAUCUCACUUUCCCGAUGCUGCGUAUUCUUGAUUUGUCUUACAAUAAUUUCUUAGGUGAGUUUCCAUUUGGAUACGUUUUCUCUAGAAAUGGGACAAGUAUCACUGAUGAUUUGGAGUAUUACCACACUAAUGACUUCACAUAUUACGAAAAUGUUUUCUUAUAUUACUCAAUCACAAUAAUGAGUAAAGGUGUGGAGAGAUACUACCCGAAAAUUCAAGAGGACUUGAUACUCAUUGACAUCUCAAGCAACAAUUUUGAAGGGAAGAUUCCUGAAUUCAUUGGGACACUAAAGGGGAUUUGGUCGCUCAAUAUCUCCAAUAACAGUCUCACCGGUAGCAUCCCCUCAUCCUUGGGCAACUUAUCAAGGCUUGAAUCGUUGGAUCUUUCACAUAACAAGCUCUCUGGCCCUGUACCAAGGGGAAUCCACUUCACUACAUUUGACAGCACUUCAUAUCAAGGAAACCAAGGAUUGUGCGGAGACGUACUGCCAAAGAAAUGUGAAAAUUAUGAGGGCACUCAACUUCCACCUUCAACAUCAGAAGAUAAUGACUCGGACGCUGGAAUUGAAUUGGAUUGCAAAUUUGUUGUGGCAGGGUUUGCGAGUGGCUUGUUGGUGGGAGUGGUUCUUGCAGACUUUGUGAUUACCAAGUGGAAUGUGCGGUUCAUUGAAAUUGUUGCGGUAUUGGUUAGACUAUCAAAAAGGAUGAGAAGGCCCAGAAAUUGAUUGAUUGAUAUCAAACUAUGUUGCUAUUUGUUUUUUUUAAGUUGUCUCUAAUUUGUUGUAUAUAUGCAUGCUGAGGGAGGGUUUGUAAUAUUUAAUAUGAAUAACUUUGGACUUUUUCUUGGAGGGUUCUACAAUUCCUCUUUAUUUGUAGUAGCAAACAUAUUGAGAUAAAAAAGAGGUGUAUGUUCUAAAUA